UCUCGCGCAGGGUAGAUCGGUUAACAAGAUGCUGAUUCUCGUGGGCAUUUUAAUCGGGUUCGCUACCCUUUUGCUGAUUUGGUAUCACAAACAGCGGACGAAACUCGCAGCACUGUCUCAUUUUCCCGGCCCAAAACCGCACCUGAUUCUGGGAAAUGGGGAUAUUUUUGACAACAAGGAUGCUGCCGAAAUUUUUCAAAUCUAUCUGGAGCUGCACCGCACUUACGGCCCCGAUCUGGUAACCUAUGGGCUGUUCUGUGAAGCAAUGCUCCAGAUAUCGAGUGCUGCAGCCCUGGAGAAAAUUUUGCCACCCAAAGUGACCAAAAAGGACUAUAUGUAUGGGUUUCUGGAAUCGUGGCUCGGUACCGGGCUGAUUACGUCCGGUGGGGAAAAGUGGUUCCAUCGCAGGAAAAUCUUGACCCCGUCGUUUCAUUUCAAAAUCCUGGACCAAUUUCUGGAUGUCUUCAACGAAGAGUCGGACAAGUUGGUUCGAAAGUUGCAACCUCACGCCCGAGAUGGGAAGGAUUUCGACAUUCACAACUACAUUGCGUUGCACGCGCUUAACGGACUUUGCGCGACCUUGCGUCAGAUCAACAGCGUGGUGAACGAAAACGGUCGUAUGCUGGACCUUUGCUUUGCCAACGAUGGGUCUCGUAUACCGACCAUUGAAUUAGCUCCUACGCCGCUCGUUAAAGCAGUUCCACAUCAUCCUGCUCUAUCGGCCUUACUUGAAGUAACUAAGUUGAACGCUCGUGUUGUAAAUUUACCAGUUUUUUAUCUCGACUAUAAGAACUUCAAGGACAUUUCUCGCAUCUUGGCCACCAUCGACUAUGCAUCGGAGCUCGAUUUAUCGGAUCCUAACUCUGCUGCAGAAACCUUCUUGCAUAUCCUGAACUAUGUCAUGGAUCGUCAUGUGCCUAAACGUACUAUCAGAGAAAAUCUACGAACUUCCUGGGUUACGACUGAAUUGCGACGACUGAAAACGGAAAAAAGACACCAAGUAUAG